UUUUUUUGAUAAAAAGUGUAGUAAUCUUUUUUGAUAAAAGUGUAAAAAAAGAAUAAUUUCUUUCCUUUAUCCUCUUCCCCUAAAUUACAUUUCUCAUUUUUUAACACUCUUUCGCAUCAACAAAAAUGAAAUUUUAUUUCGCUGUUGCCCUUUUAUUAGCUGUUGCUUCUUUAGCUAAUGCAGUUGAUACUAUAAAACCUUUGAAACCAAGUGCUUUUUGUAUAAAGAGUAAACUUACUCCUGGUGAUGGUACUCAACUCAAGCAACCUAGUUGUGUCAGUCUCGAAAUUGGUGAAAUUCCCGCUACCAAUAAGAUGGUCUCAGCUUUAAUCGUUAAUCCAAAGAAUAAUCAAGCAAUUAAACGAAACACACCAUUUACAGUUGAUACCAAAGUCAUAGGUCUUAGCACUGGAUUCUUCUCUGAUCCAGCCGUGGACUAUUAUCAAAUUCAACAAACUCUUGAUGGAGGUGGCCAAAUUCAAGGACAUAGUCAUAUUACAAUCCAAAAAAUAGAUGGUAAUAAUGCACCUGAUCCUACAGUUUUUGCAUUCUUCAAAGGUUUGAAUGAUGCUGCUAAGAAUGGUGUCUUGAGUGUAAAUGUAGACACCGGACUUCCUCAAAAAGGUACCUAUCGUAUUUGCACGAUGAAUUCUUCAAACUCUCAUCAACCCGUGGUUAUGCCAGUUGCUCAAAGAGGUGCUCAAGACGACUGCGUUAGAAUCAAUGUCAUUUAAGAAUGUAACUAAAAAAAAGGUUCAACUUGCCCUAAUUCUUAUUUAAAUGUGCAUUUUUUUUUAUAAUAGACAGAUCUGUAAAUUUUUUUAAGGAUUUUUUUUUUUGGUAGAAUUCCCAAAAAAUAAAUGAAUUUACAUAACAUCAAAUUA